GAUGCGGCACCUCUUCUACUGGGCACUUUGGGCCCUCUUCGCGGCUCAAGGAUCGAGCGCGAUCCAGUCCUUUAGGCUUGCAGCUUUGACUCGAGGAUUUGAAUUUAACAACACCGAUGCAGAAGUGCUGGGUGGGGCAUCGCACGAGUGCUACAGAACGUGCGUAGAAGGAGAUGUACGAACUUGCAUCUACAGCUUCACCGUCGUUGAAUAUACGACAAUGGGUUACCUCUGCAAAAAUUGCCCCUAUGAAAUAGAGGAUUGCUACAAUACAGGAUGUGUAACAGCCGGCGGUCACGUUCGCGAAGUCGUAUUGGUGAACGACUUGCUGCCUGGACCCAGCAUCCAGGUAUGCGAAGGAGACACCGUCCAGGUCGACCUGACGAACACAUUGACGACGAAAAGUACGACAAUUCACUGGCAUGGACUGCACCAAGUUGGCACUCCCUUCAUGGACGGCGCGCCGUACUUGACCCAGUGCCCAAUUCUUCCUCAUACCAGCUUCCAGUAUAACUUUACAGCACGACCAGUUGGAACCCACAUAUGGCAUUCUCAUAGCGGUUUCGAGGAAGCUGAUGGACUUUAUGGAAGCUUCAUAGUACGCAAGGCGAACGAUUCUCUCGCUGAAUACUACGACUACGACCUCGCCGAACACGUGAUGGCUGUUUGGCACUGGUACUCCAAAGACACAGGCUCCGUACUGAGAAGUGCACUUCAUAGAGAUGCUGAGGUGGAGGGUUACAGUCUGACCAUCAAUGGCCUGGCAUCCACCGUUGAGUACGAAAAGGAUGGUAUCGUUUACAAGACUCCUAGGGCUGAGUUCACCGUGACUCAGGGAUAUAAAUAUAGGUUCAGACUGAUGCACAACAGCGCUAUUUACUGUCCAAUUCAAGUAUCCAUAGACAAUCACUCGAUGCUGGUAAUUGCGUCGGAGGCUGGAACGUUUGAACCUGUCGAAGUUGAUUCACUGAUGAUCAACGCUGGAGAGCGGUACGAUUUCGUCCUGAAUGCGAAUCAAUCCGUUGAUAAUUACUGGAUAAGGUACCGAGGCCUUGGCGACUGUGUUUCCACAAGUGUUUCCGUCACCUCGGAGGCUAUCCUUCGUUACAGUGGGUCGAACGAAACGGCAAAUCCGUCGGGAACGAUCAAUUACGACGACGGCAACCGAUCCGGAGUCCUGUUAAACCCGGUACAAGUAGCCAAUGAGACCUAUGCGAACAACAGCUUGAUUUAUCUGGUUGACCUGAACAGUACUUUGGAAAGACAGCCCAACGUGUCUGGAACACCUGACAACAUAAUUUACCUGCAUUAUGCUUACAACUACUUCUACGACUUCAGUUGGCCAGGACCGUACCCUCAAAUAAAUGGCUUGACUUUCGAAUACCCAUCAAUCUCACUUCUCACUCAAUAUAAUGAGAUAACCGACGACAUGUACUGCACGGAGAAAAACGACAGUGCUAAGGAAUGUAUCAGUGGAUUUUGCUCCUGUGCAUUACUAUACUCUGUAGACACAGAGAGUCUAGUUGAAAUCGUUAUUGUCGAUUUGGGUUUGGAUAGGUAUGACGAUCAUCCAAUGCACUUGCACGGUCAUACGUUCCAAGUUGUCGCCCUGGAAAGUAUAGGGGAGAAUAUCACCAUGGAGGAAGUGAUCAGCAGAAACGAGGGUGGACUGAUCGACAAGAAGCUGGAUUUGGCCCCGGUCAAAGACAACGUCGGAGUGCCUGCCCAAGGCUUCGCAGUUUUGCGGUUCGUCGCAAGUAACCCCGGAUUCUGGUUCUUCCAUUGCCACGUCUCGAACCAUGCCGAAAUGGGUAUGGGGGUGGUGAUCAAGGUCGGGGAUUACAGCGAGAUGAGUCAACCUCCGGACAGUUUUCCAAAAUGCAGAAACUGGAGCAUGAGUUCAACAACUUCGAACUCCUCGUCAUCCUCGUGGUAUAGAUUUGUGCAUACGUCCAUCGCAGGUCGUACGGUGCUUGGUAUAAACAUAUUUAUUUUCAUUUUCAGAUACGUUGAUCAACUGACUUAAUUCUUUGAGUACACAACAAUCGCCACUCACAAAAAUUCUAUGAACACAACAGUGAACACCACAACAUUCAACACAACAACAUUUCACGUACACGACAUAGUAUUGUGAUAAGAUUCUACUGACUGUGACAUAGUCUGUGAUAGCUGGAAGUAUCAGGUGUUGAGAUUAUUGUUGUAUC